AUGAGCAAGCCAGAUCCCGAUUUCCACAAAGUCGCCCAGGAGAAAGCGGCCAAAUGCAAGCAGUACAUCGACCUGCUCGACCAAUCUCAGCUCAAGGGUAAUCCCCAGGCGAUUGCCGACGCCAUUGACGACUUUGCCCAGGAGAACCGGAUCAUGACCAUUGGCGCCGCCAAGUCCGAGGAGAUCCGCAACCGUUUACGUCAGCUGAAGCCGAAGCACGGGGCUGAGUUAGGUGUGUACGUGGGCUACCUGGCCCUCCGGUUCGCCCCCUUGGUGCUGGGCACUUACUACUCGCUUGAGGUCAUUCCUGAGUACCGAGACAUUGCCCAGCACUUUAUCCAGUUGGCGGGGCUUACCAACGUGAAAUUCUUAUUGGGUGAUCUGGCCACCACGUUAGUGAAAUUGCACGACGAAUUGAACCUCAGCGAGCCCAGCAAACGCUCGGUGCUUGACUUCUUGUUGAUUGACCACGCAAAAGAAUUGUACCUCCCCGAUAUCAGAACCGUUGAGACACUUAACUUGGUCACGGUGGGGCUGGUGAUUGUCGCCGAUAACUGUAAGAUGAAGUACGGGGUGCCGGCAUACUUGGAGUACAUCAGACUGACUCCCGAGGCGCGGCGCCAGUUCAUUGAGACCGAGCCCAAUCCCAACGGCUACUACCCCGGUAGAUGGAAUAUUUUGUAUGAGAAUACUCCCGUGGACUUCGGCUUUGACGCCAUCGAAGUUAGUGUCGUCAAGGCCUACUUGGACGGUUAA